AUGGCUGAUGCACCUCCCCCUACUCCAUCCGAACUACUUCGGAUGGUAACCGAGCUUCAGCAGGCGAAUCAGCGCAUGGCAGAGGCAAAUCAACGUAUGGCCGAAGAAAAUCAAAGAAUGCAGCAGCAAAUUCAGCAAAUAGCUAACGCCCGACUCGAGCAUAACGACAACCGUCACGGAGGAAACGCCAAUGACGAGAAUCAAUCUCAGCCGACACAUGUUUCGGAGACUCCCCAGGAUGAUGACGGAAGGGAUCCUCACAACAAUGAAGCCUCACUGAAAGACGAGGAAGAGGAGCCCGACAACUCGGCAGGACCUUUCACAGCUGAUAUCAUGAAUUUUCAAUUACCUCGGCAAUUUACAUUGCCAACGACUUUAAAUCCGUAUGAUGGUUUAGGCGACCCAAAACAGCACAUCAAAAAGUUCCGAUCUAUCAUGAUUGUUAAUGGUGCAUCCGAUCCCAUUCUAUGUCGUUGUUUUCCCUCCUUUUUGGAUGGUCCUGCACUUGACUGGUUUUGCUCUUUGCCUGCAGAUUCAAUUUCACGUUUCCAGGAGUUAGCAAAGCAGUUUGAAGAUCACUUCGCAGCAUCAGCAAUAUAUCUGCAUGAUUCCGACUACCUGACGACUGUGAAGCAAGGUCCUCAGGAAAGUCUGAAGGACUACAUCACCCGUUUUACGAAAAUAGCAAUGCGCAUACCCGACCUUCAUCCAGAAGUUCAUCUUCACGCUAUCAAAAGCGGCCUUCGACCAGGAAAGUUCCAAGAAGCCAUCGCAGUGGCCAAACCGAAGACUUUAGCCGAGUUUCGCGAAAAAGCAAAAGGGCAAAUAGACAUCGAAGAGCUUCGUCAAGCUCGCAAAGCGGAAAAGUCGGCAGCUAUUAAAGAAGAUGAUAAGCCUCGGGACAAUAAGAAGACUUUCAGACCAACCCCUCGCUAUGAAACCUACACUCAGUUUAACACGAAAAGAGAUGAUAUUAUUAAGGAAAUCCUGAAUUCCAAGCUGAUUAAACCUCCUCGCAAAGCUGGCAGUUAUCCCGAGCCGAAGAAUAUAGACAAAUCCAAAUACUGCACAUUCCAUCAGAAGUAUGGUCACACAACCGAUGAGUGUGUGAUCGCCAAAGACCUUUUAGAACGUUUAGCAAGACAAGGACAUCUUGAUAAAUAUAUCUCAGGCCACAUGCAGAAAAGAUCCGUUUCCAUUUCAGAUCCACCCCCUGUAGGACCAGCAUCAUCGUCAAAAGAUAAGGAAAAGGCGCCGGCUCAGCCUAGGGGCAUAAUUAAUUGCAUCUCGGGCGGCUAUGCCGGAGGUGGACAAACAAGUUCGGCAAGAAAAUGA